AUGAACUGACUGCAGGUUUGGACGUGACCUCGGUUCUUUCUUUAUGCCUCCCCUUGGUCAGCAGACACUUAGUCUAUGAUGUGCUGGUUCAAACGUAGCAGGGGGAACAGGUGGUGGCACAUAUGUGCAAUAACAGUCCUCAUUUAAAUGGCCACAUGACAAGCUGACUCAGGCUGUGGGCUUUGGGUGGGCUUCUCUGAGGAGGCGGCAUUAGGUUGAACACAGUGACUGGACACUCAUAGUGAAAAUGAAAAUAUGGGGGUGGUGGGAAGUCCGGAGGAGGAUAGACAGUGUGGCACAAUGGUUCUGGGCUAUCAACGGGAUUUUGAACGUCCAGCUUCUGUCCCUUCUAGCUGGUGGCAGCUCUCCUCACCUUUCCCAGGACUGUCAUCACUGGUCGCUUUACUAACUGCCUGUGUAUUCUCAUCAAGAGACCUGAGGCAAGAGGAGACACUGACGGAGGCCCUCACCACGGUGGCCACAGGGCACACACUAGGGCUCCUCUGGAGCCUGCCAGGAGGGCCAAAGGCCAGAAAGGACAAACAAGCCAAUCCUAGCUUUGUUUAUCAUCUGAAGAUGCCCAGUAUCCAAUCGAAGCCCUGCGGCCUUGGGACGGAUUUGUUGACUCACACCGCUGUAUCUGGGCAGGGCUCUGUGGAGGCCUCAGCGUCCCAACACCGCAGUACCGCCGAGAACAUGAGUGAAGAUCCAGCGGCAUUGCUCAGGGCUGGCUGAACAUGGCAGCGGAAUGUUCCAGCGGAAUGACCCAGAACUUGGCUGGGGGAAUGUCCCCAGUGGCCACACUCUCUAGGGUCCCUCUUCAGGUGACUUCCCGGGUCCCAGCCUGGACCUUGGUAAGCCAUUGUGCUCAGAGCAGGUGCCGAGAUGGUCGGUUCUGGUUUAUUUAGCCUCGGGUGGUGUGGCUGCUGUAUCUCACUGAUGGGAAAACGGGGAGAAGACAUGUUUUGAGGGUGGGCUCACAGUUGUGGAGACUUGGUGAGACCCACACCUGAUGGUAUAGGGAUUGGGAGAGUGGCAGGCUGGGAGUGCAGAAAAAAAGGACAGGGUGGAUCGAAAGAUGCCAUCUGCUGCAGACCACGCCCAGCCGUUUCAAUCCAGGCUUUCCCUGAUUAGACCAGGCUCACCCCAUAGUCUUAGGUCCAUCUUGUUUACUCCAAACCCAUUGACCUAAAUGUUAGCCUAAUAAACAAACAAACAAACAAACAAACCUCCUAGAAACAUCCAGAACAAUGUUGACCCAUCACUGGUACCGUGGUUUGCCCAGGUUGGCACAUACAGUCCUGCAUGUCCCACCAACAGAAGCACAAAGCCUUCAGUGCGGCCUUUCCAGAUCACUCCUGGGCAUGGGAUGGGGAAGGGGAGGUGCGUUUGGAAGGAGCAGACCCCACAGUCACGGCACUUGGUUCUCCCUGUCAGCGAUGCCCCACAGCCCUACAGCCAAGAAUUUCUUCUCCCUCUCUUAGCUUCCAGUUAGACAAUUUUCACUAAACUCCAAUGUCAGGAGUGCCACGUAGGAGAUCUGGGGUUCUAUCUCUCUUGAGAAACAAAACAUCAGGCUGGGUGUGGGUUGGUUCACUGAAGCAGGACAAUGAGGAGUUAUGCAUGACCGGAUAGCCUGGGCUACAGAUAGAAACAAACAGAAGAGCAGCAACAAUUAGCAGCUGAGUAGCUCAUACACAGCCCUCUCACCCCAGGCCCCACCCGUCAACCUCCCCAACCUGUGUUGGCUCUCUGCUUCCCACCGAGCCGCCUUCCCGGCCUGUGAAGGAAUAUGACCUCAAGCCUCACAGCCUGAGCUGAAAGGUCGGUCUCUGCUCCAGUGGUCACAGGGCAGCACUGCCCCAUGGCCCUUCCUGAAGUGAUGGUGGUGGUUGCCCACCUAACCCUUGGGCCAUCGCGUGAGUGACUCCCCUCAGGCCUUCGCAGUGACACAAAAAACAAUAUAAAUUAUCCUGCUAUGCCUUUUGUGUAUUUUUACAUGUUAAGCAGAUCAUAUCUGGGAUAUAUUUGAUGGAACAAAUAUUUUAUUAGAAUAGAUUUCAGGGCAGGCAAGAUGGCCUAGAGGGUAAAGUUGUUUGCUGUCAAGAUUGCUGAGCCUGAGUUCAAUCCAUAGGACCCGCAUGGUGGGAAGAAAGAACUCAUUCUUAAGGUUGUCCCCUGACUUACACAUGUAUACACACACACACACACAUACACACACACAUACAUGCAUACACAUACAUACAUACACACACAAAUGCACACAUGCACACACAUGCAUACAUACAUGCACACACAUACAUAUAUACAUACACACACAGACAUUAACAAAAUGUUUUUCAGUUUUAAUAUCAUUACUAGAAACUUCUAUGGCUUCUGCUGGCAACUCCCAUUCUAUUUCUGUUAGGUUCUUGGGUAAGGUGUGUGUGUGUGUGUGUGUGUGUGUGUGUGUGUGUGUGUGUGUGUCCAUGUUCAUGUGUUUAUGAUUGCACUAAUCUGAGGGCCUUUAGAGGGUCACUGAACCCUGAGAUGCCCUUCUGGAACCCCUCCCCGUUUCUGCCUCCUCAGGGUUGGGACCAUGAAUGCCACCCCCCCACCAAAGCUGGCUUUCCCCUCCAUGGAUUUAGGGGCUAGGACUCGGCUCCUUCUGCUUGCACAGUGAAUGCUUUACAGUGCGAGCCAUCUCCACAGCCUGCCUGUAUUGUCAACCAAGGGAACUAUGGCCACCUUCUCACCCUUUUGCUGAAGGGCACAAGGACAUUAACUCACUGUGGGACUGUGAGCCAAGUGGCCCUGGGAAGACCUAAAGACUCCCUACUUCCCCUUUGUCUUGUGGCUCUGAUUCCUUCAAGAGUAAAUUCCCACCCCCAGCCCAGCUCCAUUGAUGACUCAGAAACACCUCCAAAGGCUGUGAGGCCAGAUCAGCCUGGCUGGAGUAAAGGUGGCUGCCCACACGUGCUACGAGAACCCCAAAAUGUCUUCUGCCCUCCCCCUCGCCAGGCCCUGUGCUCCAGCUUUCUUUCCUUCAGCCACGGGAGGAGAACCCAAAUGGCCUGUUUCCUAACCAACCAGCUACAGAGCUGGGCAAAGGCUGGCCAGGGUUUGUGGGUUGCAGUCCCCAGCUGGAGUGGGAGUGGGGAGCUGGGAGGGGGGAUAGGGAAUGAUAUAAAAGACACCUGGCCUGAGGAGUCUGAGCAUCCUGGAGCCCACUCAGGCAAGGCUAGCACUCAGGCGGAAGGGCUUAUGACAUGAGCGUUUAUGGGCCGCCGGCUGAAUAACCACGGAAUAGGCGCUUUGGUCUCAUACUGCAGAGGACAGAGGACUCGGACUUCAGAGAGGGACUGUAUCUUGCCCAAAGUCAGACAGCACAGUGAAGUGAAAGUUCACAGUAGUCACUUAGAUCUGUUGCCUUUAGGCCAGGGCUGCUACAAAGGCUCACUGACAGCAGCCCACUAGACAGCCGGGGACCUAAGCCUCCUACAGAGCGGUGGCCCUCUUAAGAUUCUCUCUCUCUCUCUCUCUCUCUCUCUCUCUCUCUCUCUCUCUCUCUGUGUGUGUGUGUGUGUGUGUGUGUGUCCUCCUUUCCUCCCUCCUUCCUUUUCUCUUCCUGCCUUCCCUGUUUUCUGUUCCCUUCUUUCCUGGCUUCAAAACCUUGUUCAUUUUCCCACCAAAGUCUGAGUGUCCCACUGGGUUACCCGGGCAGCAUGCUGCCAACUCUCUCGGAAAAGCAGCUUCAUCAGGGUGCCCCACAAGACCCAAGAGUUGGCUGCCUCUGGCUCUACGGUGUGCCAAGGCUUUGCUUGGGGUUGGGGUGGGGAGCUGUCAUCUGUGAAGGCUCCCAGCUUCCGGAAAGGGUUCAUAUCCCUCUGAGGGUCUGGUCAUAGGUGUCUCAAUCAAUUAUGUACUAUGUGAGGUCACUUCCCCAUGGCCCAGCAUGAUACCCUUAUAAGGAAGAAUGCCUGGCCACUUGACUCUUGCCAACUGUGUCCUUUAGCAGAGGAGCCAUCCCAUGGCAGAGGAGUCCUAGGGUAGACGGUCAUGGGGACUGGUGCUAGGGAGAAGUUUCUGCAUGCCAGAUGGGAAUGGGCUUCAAGGAUGGCCUGGAAUUACAAGGCAAUCACUACAGGGACAUGUGCAGUUAUUGAGCACCUACUGUUUUCAAUGUAGGCUGCAUUUAUUAUUCUCUUUCCAUGGAUGUACCUCAUGGCUAAGAACGACACAGUGUGGCCUUAGCAGGGGUCCCCAUGGGUCCCUGUAGUCUCCUGUGAGUUCUCAUCCCCAGAAUCAGGGAUUACGUGGGGGAAUAGGGGAAGCAAAGUGAAGUUCUUAGUCUAGUGUCACUGUUGAUGAGCUGUAUGGUUUCUGUGAACCUCAGUUUCUUCUGUGAAACGGGCUAAUUCUACUUCCCUGCCUUCUUGGGAAGUGUGUCUCCCUCCUCCCACCCCUGGCUGCUCCUGACUGCCUUUCAGAAGAGGGUGAGGCAGCUGGCCCAGCCCCCAGGAGGUGGGCCCCUGUCAGGGCAGGAUGAGGUGGCCAGGACGGUGUGAUUGAAGGGAAGAAAGAAGAAGCCAGGACUCUCCCGAUUCCCACACUUCCUCUUCACCUGAUGUGGCUGCCCCAGAAGUGCCUGAACACAGCUCUCAACGACCAUGAGGAACAGCAGGGAAGCUGUGCAACACCUCUUCGGCUUGGGGUGGAAGUUCUGGCGCUUGGGGAUCUGCAGGGCAGUUGUCCCUCUGCAGGCUGCCUGGAAUGCCUUCUCUCAGCCUGUCCCAGCCAGCCGGAAUGAGCUACUGACCCAGCUUCUCCUGUGUGUUUCCUUGGCCAGUCUUAUCGCAGGCCUGGUUCAUCACUGGCUGGUCUCUUUGCAGCUUUAUCCUCUGGGACCCCCUACCUUGGUGACCGCUCUCUGUGGUCUCUUCGUCUUCCUGAGCCUGGGCCUGGUGCCCCCCAUCCGCUGCCUGUUUGCACUCAGUGUGCCUACCCUGGGCUCUGAGCAGGGCCGCCGCUUGCUCCUGUCCUACAGUGCAGCCAACCUGGCUGCUGCUGUGAUGCCAAACGUCUUAGCUAAUGUGCGCGCAGUUGGGCGAGUGCUGGGCUGUGUUACUGAGGGCUCUUUGGAGAGUCUGCUCAAUACCACUUACCAGCUGCGCCAGGCAGCCAGGGAACUGGUCCCAGCCGGCCAAGCAGUCAGCCGGAGCCUGACAUUUGAGGUGGAGGGCAAUGGCUCAGCCUUCCGACUUCACACGCACACGGUCACUCAGCAGAUCCUGGAAGACUUCUCUGGCCUGGAGUUCCUGGCUCGGGCAGCAUUGGGGACUCAACGGGUGGUCACCGGAUUGUUCCUGCUGGGUCUCCUGGGCGAGUCGGCCUGGUACCUUCAUCGCUACCUCACCGACCUACGCUUUGACAAUAUCUAUGCUACUCGACAGCUGGUUCGGCAGUUGACCCAGGCUGGUGCCACACAUCUGCUGGCCGCUCCACCUCCGUGGCUACUCCAAACAGCCCAAUCUAAGCUGUCCCAAGAGGAGUUGCUGAGCUGUCUUCUAAGGCUGGGGCUACUGGCACUGCUCCUCAUAGCCACAGCUGUGACGGUGGCCUCAGACUAUGGGGCCUUCCUCUUGGCACGAGCAGCUGUAACCUGGGCUCAGAAUUUACCCAGUGUCCCAAUCACACUCACAGUCAAAUACGAUGCCUCAUAUAAGGUCUUGGACUUCAUCCUCUUCGUCCUCAACCAGCCUCCGGUGGAGAGCGUGUUUGCCUCCGUGCAGCGCUCCUUCCAGUGGGAGUUGCGCUUCACAUCCCACAACUGCCAUCUGCCGCAGGCUCAACCGCCCCGUGUCACCGCUGCUCUGGCCGCGGGCGCCCUGCAGCUGCUGGCUGGUGCCACCUUGGUACUGCAGACCUAUGCCUGGCGCCUGCGGCACGCCAUCGCCGCCUCCUUCUUCCCAGCCCAGGAGGCCAGGAGGCUUAGCCACUUGCAGGCUCGGCUCCGGAGGAGACACGACCAGAGUGAUCACCCGGACAGACACGCCAACACUGUGGGCACUCGGCGACCCAGGAAGCCCGGUCAGGGGACAAGCGCUCUGGAGUCACAGGGAUCUCAGGCACAUGACCCCCUUUCGGCCUCCGUAUGACCUUGAGUAGGUCAUUGCACGCCUCGGAGCUUCAGUUCCGUAUCUACAUAAUGAUUGGGCAUGGCAUCAGUGAUCCGCUUUUCCCUUGGGAUGUGCGCGAAAUCUUGGCGAGUGGAAGACCUGCAAGAUUAGGGAAGGCAUGCACAGUAAAGAGGACUGGAAGUCUGGGAGGACCAGACAGUUCAGUUCCUUCCCACUAGAUGGAGUUAGCCCUGGUAAGCAUCAGCGAGGAGAUCCUGCGGAGCCUUUGAGAAUUUACGUGAAUCUGAAAGUUUGAUCUUAUAAAUGAGCAUAGUUAUUAAAUAGAAGUUAUUUAUUGAACGGUUUUGCUCUUUCCUGCUCCUGUGGGGGCCUUUCCAUCUAGACGUCUCACGUUUGGUAAAUAAAAAUACAAGAUGCCCUGAAUGUUGAAUUUCAGAGAAGGGACAUAUUUGUUUAGUGAUCCUCCGCUAUGAAUCCGGUCUCUGGUUAGCCGGAUGUGGCCUUGAGUUCCCUGUAGGGGAAUUGUUCUUCACUUUUGCCUCAGGAGUCAGCUGCUGUGGUGAAAGCCUGCUAGCUCAGAGAGGCAGAGAAAGCAGCCAGCUGACCCUGCUACUCCACACCGUCUGAGAAGGAAAAAGCUCUUUCCCCUCUGUCUUAAAAGCCUUUCAACUCAGACCUAUGUUCACUCCCUGUCAGCUGGUUCCUUACUCUGCCUCUUGACCUAGAGCGACUUUGUUUAGCUCUUGCGUUAAGGUAUGUGCCAGGGUUGAACAACACUCACCACAAUUACUUGUUUACAGUAAACAGAAAUCUCUAGGAUCAAAGGCUGAGCCGCUAUUAGAAACAGAAUUUUACAGUUCACACUCUCCUGGCUCACAGUGUGAGCAAAUGUCCUGCAACAUAGAAUAAUAAUAUUUAUAAUAAGACAACACACUUCACAUCUUGAUUGACUUUUGGGAUCGGUGCAUCGGGCCCAUUCGGUAAAACAGAAUCAAGUGUUCUAAAGACUGAAGGAAGGAUUUGGCUCCGUGGGGAGGGAGGGGCAAGGAAGGCAGAGCAGGAAGCAUAAGGAGCACUAGCCCCAAAGCCUGUGUAGCUAUUGUGAAACUUGAGGCGCACACUUAUUUUCAGAACAUCUGUACUAUGACUGUGGCUACAAUGUAUUCUUUGACAGCUGUGGUAGAGAAUGCUCAACCUCCUCCCAUAGACUCAUAUGCUUGAAUACUCUGUCCCGGUUGGUAGACUGUUUGGGAAGGAUUAGGAGGUGUGGCCUUAUUGGAGGAGCUGUGCUGCUAGGAGUGGCCUUUGAGGUAUCAAAGCUUCACAUCAUUUCCAGUUAGUUUUCUGCCUUGUGAUUGUGUCUCGAGAUGUAAGCUCUCCGCUACUGUUCCAGCACCAUGCCUGCCUGCUGCCAAGCUCUUCCCCAUGAUGGUCAUGGACCCUAACCCUUUGGAACUUUAAGUUCCAAAUGUCCUUUCUUCUCCAAAUUGCCUUGUCUGUGCUGUUUUAUCGCAGCAAUAAAAAAGUAACUAAG